AUGGAGACUGCCGCGGCGCGGCGGCGGCGGCGGCAGCGCCGCAACGCUGCCGCCCGCGCCGUGGAGGCGCUGGUCCCGCUGGCGCCUUCGGCGCCCCUCGCCGCGGCGCCUUGCGCUGCUGGCGUCCGCGCCGCCGCCCGCGCGGCCGCCCGCGCGGCCGCCGUGGCGGCUUUCGCUCCGCUGCCGCUGGCGGCUCCGCUGGGCCCGCUGUUGCCGCUGCUGCUGCCACUGUGGCCGGGGCGGCUUGGGCGCGGCAGCGACAGGCCCACUGUUGGCCGCUGCAGCCUGCAGCGACGGGCUGGCGGCCCCCCCCAGGUUUUCGGGUGCGCCGCUGCGGCUGGCGCCGCUGCGCGGCUGGACGCUGCCCGGACGCAGCUCCGGGACACGGCCGCGCGCCUGGCGGAUACCGAGCGCCUGGCGGAGGCCGUGCGCUUGGCCAGGCUGGUGGCCGCGCGCCUUGCUGACGCACGCGGGGUGGAAGUCGGGGCGCCGCUGCGCGUGGCCGAAGCUGGCGUGGACGAGCUGCGGCCGCGGCUGGACGCGGCCCGGGAGCAGCUGCAGGGGGUGGGCUGCAGGCAGCCGGGGGCGGACGAGGGCGCGGGCGACGACGCGGAGACGGACGAGCUGAAGGACGCGGAGGAGGGCUCGGAGGACGGGCGUGGAGGAUGA